GGAGGCUGCUGGGAAAACAUGGCAGCUUCCUUUCGUUGGUGGGGAUUUACUGAACUCCGAGGGGGGAUUUAAAGACAUUCUUCAGUGUAUACGGGGAUCUUUAGAGCAUUAUUCGGUGCCAACAGCACCAGAUAUCCUAACGCUUGAAGCAGGAGAACAUGGAGAAGAGCGGCAGCAUCGACAGCCUGGGCUCGAAGUGCUCCUCGUCCCGACAGCCAAGUGUUGAUUCAUUGUCCAGCACGUCCACUUCUCGCUCUGACCGCUCUGCCCAGGCCAAAGCAGCCUCUGCCAUGUCUUGUGACUCCGGGGCCACUCCUACAGAGCUCUCCCCAGAGCUCAGGGUCAAGCCAAAAACUGCUGCCAAGCAGGUGCCUAGAGAUUCAGACAAAGAAGAGCCACAGUUACUUCCAAAUGAAACUGUUCAUGACAUGGCCCAAGAUGUCACCUACUUCUGUCCUUUCAUCGGAGCAAUGAGGGGGACGGUGACAGUAACCAACUACAGACUUUUCUUCAGAUGCAUGGACAGGGAGCCAUCAUUUGUGUUGGACCUGCCCCUCGGGGUGGUGAGUCGUGUGGAAAAGAUUGGAAGUGCCUCUAGUCGCGGCGACGUGUCAUACGGGCUAGUAUGCAAGGAUAUGCGUAAUCUGCGAUUUGCUCACAAACAACUGGAGGACACACUGAGGAAGUCCAUUUUCGAAGUGCUGGUGAAAUUUGCGUUUCCUGUUUCCAACGGGCUACAAAUCUUUGCCUGUGAAUAUGGCCAAGUGUUUCCUGAAAACGGAUGGAAGGUGUAUGACGCUGUCUCAGAAUACAAAAGACAGGGUAUACCAAAUGAAAGCUGGAGGGUAACAAAAGUCAAUGACCACUACGAGGUUUGUGACACCUACCCAUCAACCCUGGCGGUGCCUGUGAACAUACCAGACGAAGAGCUGAAGAGAGUAGCUGCCUUCCGAGCCAAGGGAAGGAUACCUGUGUUGUCAUGGAUCCAUCCGGAGAGCCAGGCCACAGUUACGCGCUGCAGUCAGCCCAUGGUGGGAGUAAACGGGAAGCGCAGCAAAGAGGAUGAGAAAUACCUUCAGGCCAUCAUGGAUGCUAAUGCUCAGUCCCAUAAACUGUUCAUCUUCGAUGCCAGGCCCAGUGUCAACGCUGCUGCCAACAAGAUGAAAGGGGGUGGUUAUGAAAGUGAAGAUGCGUAUCAAAAUGCUGAGCUGGUGUUCUUGGAUAUUCACAACAUCCAUGUGAUGAGAGAGUCCCUACGCAAGCUGAAGGACGUGGUCUACCCCAACAUCGAGGAUUCCCAUUGGCUCUCCAAUCUGGAGUCCACUCAUUGGCUUGAGCACAUCAAGUUGAUCCUAGCAGGAGCCCUGCGUAUUGCAGACAAGGUGGAGUCUGGGAAAACUUCAGUGGUGGUGCACUGCAGCGACGGCUGGGACCGCACGGGCCAGCUCACCUCCCUGGCCAUGCUCAUGCUGGACGCUCACUACCGCACCAUCCGCGGCUUCGAGGUGCUGCUGGAGAAAGAGUGGCUGAGCUUCGGUCACCGCUUCCAGCUGCGUGUUGGUCACGGCGAUAAGAACCACACCGACGCAGACCGCUCACCUGUUUUCAUUCAGUUCAUCGACUGUGUCUGGCAAUUGACUCGCCAGUUUCCUGCUGCCUUUGAGUUCAACGAAAACUUCCUGGUGACCAUCCUGGAUCACCUGUACAGCUGCCUGUUUGGGACAUUCUUGUGCAACAGUGAACAGCAGAGGCUGAAAGAGGAGAUUCCCAAGAGAACAGUGUCGUUGUGGUCCUACAUCAACAGCCAGCUGGAGGAUUUCACCAAUCCCUUGUAUGUGAACUAUACCAACCACGUGCUGUUUCCUGUAGUCAGCUUACGUCACCUGGAGCUUUGGGUUGGCUACUACAUCCGCUGGAACCCUCGCAUGAGGCCUCAGGAACCUGUUCAUCAGCGCUACAAGGAGUUGCUGGCGAAGCGUGCGGAGCUGCAGAAGAGAGUGGACGACCUGCAGCGAGAGGUGACCAAUCGCUCGGCCUCUUCCUCUGAACGUGCCGGCUCCCCCACACGCUCCAUCACGCCGGUGCAGACCUUUGUUUGACGUAACUGUGACCCUCAUGACGGUCGCGGAAGCUAAACACUACCUGUGAGAAGCUGACAGUAGUCAUCUGUAGGCCACGCCAUGAAGGACCUGGGUGCUAAACUGGCUCUUUGGGUGAAACGCCGCGUUACACACUACCACCAAAUGUCUGUUUGUGUUUGCACAUUUUACGGGGAAUAUAGAGUCUGCUUACAACCGGAGACUGUCUCUUAGUGCUUUGACCACAGCCAUAUUGUUCUCUGCCUCCAGAGUCGAGAUGUUAGUGAUAAGAAUAGUGAGUACUGUCAUAGCUCAUCGACCCACCUACAAUCAGUGUUGGACCAUUUCUGAAGUACACUAAAAUAUUACUCUGGUGAAUUAUGUAUGCCUUAUACACUUCAUAGGAACACUCACUUCAUUCCUCUGCACUGCAAAUGUUAAGAGAUUGAUUUAAAAGCAAUUGUGAAGAUGUAAAUGACUGGGUUUGAGCUCUAGUACUUAAACUAAGUGGUCUGUGAGAUUCAACAAAGUAGCUAAAGGGCUGUUAGCUUCUAAUGUUAGGAAAAAUACAUAGCAUUAAAAUAAGUUGGCAGAU